AUGACCGAUGAAUUGCCGGCUCCCACAAACAGUACCUCCACAACGGCAACAGGAGGAGGGUCAUCCACGGUUUCAACAGAAGGUGCUGCAAGCUUAGCACUGCCAACAGCACCACCUCAACAACCAUCGGCGGGGAUUUUAAGCAGCGGUGGCCUUAGUAUUCUAUGUCCCAGUGUGGAAUUUUCGGAGAUUUCUUUCAAAGAGAAAGUUGGUCAUGGUUCAUACGGUGUUGUUUACAAAGCAUUUUGGCGUGAUCGUUUUGUGGCCGUUAAAGAGUUUGGUCCCAAGGCCGAACAGAAAGCAAUUGAAACUGAAGUCAAACAGCUGUCCCGUGUCCAACAUACCAACAUUAUAGCUCUCUAUGGCAUCGCACUGAAUCAAAUGUCCACCUAUUUAAUAAUGGAAUAUGCCGAAGGUGGUUCACUCUAUGAUUUUUUGCAUGGCAAAGUAAAACCCUACUAUUCGAAAGCACAUGCCAUGAGCUGGGCGCGACAGUGUGCCGAGGGUGUCGCCUAUUUACAUGCUAUGAAACCAAAACCUCUGAUACAUCGUGAUUUAAAACCUCUCAAUCUACUACUUACCAAUAAAGGACGUCAUUUGAAAAUUUGUGAUUUCGGUACAGUAGCCGAUAAAUCAACACUCAUGACAAAUAAUAAAGGUUCAGCAGCAUGGAUGGCACCGGAAGUAUUUGAAGGUUCCAAGUAUACCGAAAAAUGUGAUAUUUUCAGUUGGGGCAUCGUAUUGUGGGAAGUUCUGUCACGACAAAAACCCUUUAAAGAUGUCGAUAAUACAUAUUCAAUUAUGUGGAAAAUACAUAAAGGCGAACGACCACCCAUUGUACCCGAAUGGCCAUUGCCCAUACAGAAUUUAAUGACAUCAUGUUGGGAAACACGGCCAGAUUUAAGACCGUCAAUGCAAUUGGUUGUGGAGGUUAUGAAUGAAUUGGUGCAGGCAUUUCCAGGUGCAGAUGAGCCACUGGAAUAUGAAUUUGUAAAUCAACAGAUUAUCAGUCCCAGUGUUGAUGGAACAAAUGAUGAUGAUGAUAGCUUUGUAUUAGAUUUUAGUGAUUAUAGUUCAACUAGUUUCAGUACAUCGAAUACACAAGUGACAACACGCCAAACCACCGACGAUUCUGGUGGUAGUAGUAGUAGCAAUCGUUCCACAUCUAUUACACCCACUAAUCCAUUUUUACCUCCAGCUCAUAUUAAUUCUAUGCGUUGGGAUGUAAUACAGGAAGAAGAAAAUUCCGAAAGUUCAUCGAAUCAAACCACAGGUGAUCAACCAGAUAAACCAGUGGAAACAUUUAAUUUAACUACAUCGGAGGAAUCAAAGGCUCGUUAUGAAACCAUACGCAGUAAUAUGUUGGAUAAUGCCAAUGUAACAAUGGCCCCAUUGGGUAUUGAUGUUGAUCCGAAUGCUUGGGAACUAGAAAAUAAUGACAAUCUUGCAAGUAAUUUUGGUAGGGCCUAUUACAAUCAGCUGAAGUAA